AUGAAGAUCCUACUUCUCCAGGAUUCUCCGGUCUCCAUGAUCGACCCUUCUCUCCUUCUGAGGCCAGAGAAGGUCUACGAUGGGAAACCAGUCGAAGCAUUCAGAAAUUAUGACAUUGAUGAGAGCGACCCCAUCAAAGAACGUGUAAGGAGGACUUAUUACGAAAUGCAUACGAAACAAACUGUGGAUUUUAUUAAAGGUCGCAUGGAAGACUGGCUGCAAUUCAACCACUUCAAGAGUACGAUCAAGGAUGCUCUCAUCAAGUUGAACGAGCUGGUGGAUGAGUCGGACCCUGACACCGACCUGCCAAACAUUGUGCACGCCUUCCAAACUGCUGAGAGGAUCCGGGAGGAGCAUCCUAAUGAUGACUGGUUCCAUCUUAUUGGAUUAAUUCAUGAUCUUGGAAAGGUGAUGGCAUUCUACGGCGAGCCUCAGUGGUGUGUGGUGGGAGACACAUUCCCCGUGGGCUGCAAGUGGGGGAAAUCGAUCGUUUAUGGAGAUGACAGCUUCAAGGACAACCCUGACACAUACAACCCCAAGUACAACACUGAAUGCGGCAUGUACAAGCCCAACUGCGGGCUGGAGAACCUGAUGAUCUCGUGGGGACACGACGAGUACCUGUACCGGGUGCUCGUGCACAACAAAUCCAAGUUCCCUAAGGAAGGACUCUUCAUGAUCAGAUACCACUCUCUGUACCCGUGGCACGCGGGCGGCGACUACAAGCACCUCAUGAAGGAGGGAGAUGAAGAUAUCAUGAAACAUGUGCUGGAGUUCAAUAAAUAUGACCUGUACACCAAGAGCGCUGGUAUCCCCGACAUCGAAGCUCUCUGGCCCUACUAUGAGAAAUUGAUUGAGAAGUACAUCCCUGGAGUUUUGGAGUGGUAG